AUAACUUGGAAAGAGCCCACACACCUUUCAAAUAUAUAAUAUUUAAAAGAUCAAUCUUUCUCUCUCUCUCUCUCAAAGCUAAGCUCUCCUUUUUUUUAAUCUUUCCCUCUGUCUGUGAAGAAAAAAGAAUCAUAAAGAAAGGCCUCUUCUUCAAGAUCUACUUUGUUGGAACUCAAACUUAAGAUUGCAGAGAGAAAGAUAAGCUCCAGAAAUCAAUCCCUUCUCAUAAACUUUACCAUUGAGGUGCCUGCAAAGGAGGAAUUUCUUUCGAUAUUUUUGUUGUUCUUCUUAUGGACCGUGGCUGAGAAUAUCUAUCAUUUUAUGCUAACUCAAGUUAUUGGUAAAGUCCUGCACGAAUUAAAGGAAUCAACAACUUGUAUCAGGGAGAUGACCAGGAAGCUACAUACGUCUCAAGAGUGGUGUGUUAGGGGAUUGGAUUCAAGAAGUAGAUUGGCAUCUCCUGGUUGCAGUUGGGGCUGUAAUUUUGCCUUGUUAGCAGUUGCUGUUACACUGAUUUUGGAUAGUGAAUUUUAGAUGCCUGCUAGUCCUGCUGUGCCAGGGUUAUUGUUAGAUGUACACUCCUCUGUUAGCAAGCUUGGAGAAAUCAGGCUGGAUAGUUUGCUUUAUCUUGGACAAUCAUAUUUAGUAAAAGAAUUUGCUAAUGCCCUGCUGAAUGAAUUCUGAUGGGUAGCAUCAUCUCUCAGGAGAUUCAAUCAACAUGGGCAACCAUGUACUUGCUUAACUUUUUGGAAUUGGAGGUUCUUUCGCUAUUCUGAAGGAUUAUUUAGAUUCUGUACUGCACUGUGACUUGUAUAUUGCCUAAGUUUCUACUUUAGAACAUGGAAGCUGAGACUGGGAAUGGUAACCACCAUCCAGGUGUUCUAAAUCGGAUGCUUCCUGCUGUUUUACCUGUUCUUCUGAUAUCAAUUGGAUAUGUUGACCCUGGAAAGUGGGUUGCAACUGUUGAAGGAGGUGCACGGUUUGGUUUUGAUCUGGUGGCCCCCAUGCUUCUUUUUAACUGUGCUGCUAUUUUGUUUCAAUACCUGUCUGCUCGAAUUGGUAUAGUGACUGGGAGAGAUCUUGCUCAGAUUUGCAGUGAUGAGUAUGACAAAUCCACUUGUAUAUUCUUAGGAGUUCAAGCAGAGCUUUCCAUGGUUGUCUUGGACCUUACCAUGGUUUUGGGUGUUGCGCAUGGGAUUAAUCUUCUCUUGGGGGUGGAUCUGUCCACUGGAGUUUUUUUAGCUGCUCUUGAUGCUGUCUUAUUCCCAGUUUUUGCCACCCUCCUGGAUCAUUGUAGGGCAAGUUUCCUAUGCAUAUAUGCGGCAGGUUUCAUAUUGCUUUCUUAUGUUUUCGGAGUGCUCAUCAGUCAACCAGAAAUUUCUCUUUCCACAACUGGGAUGCUCACAAAGUUGAGCGGGGAGAGUGCAUUUGCCCUGAUGAGUCUCCUUGGAGCUAGCAUCAUGCCUCACAAUUUUUACUUGCAUUCUUUUAUUGUUCAGCAGCAUCAGGGGCCACCAAAUAUUUCCAAGAGUGCCUCAUGUCACAGCCAUCUUUUUGCCAUCUUGUGUGCCUUCAGUGGUAUUUGUCUGGUAAACUAUGUGCUGAUGAAUUCAGCUGCAAAUGUUUUCUAUAGUGCAGGCCUUGUCUUGGUUACAUUUCAGGAUGCAAUGUCACUAAUGGAACAGGUUUUUAGGAAUGGCAUAGUGCCCUUGAUCUUUUUGGUUGUUAUGUUCUUAUCUAAUCAAAUCACUGCAUCAGCCUGGAAUCUUGGUGGGCAAGUUGUUUUGCAUGAUUUCCUCAGGCUUGAUUUACCAGGUUGGCUUCAUCGUGCAACCAUCAGAAUUAUAGCAAUGGUCCCAGCCCUUUAUUGCGUGUGGACUUCUGGAGCUGAAGGGAUAUAUCAGUUGCUAAUUUUUGCUCAGGUUAUGGUGGCUCUUCUGCUUCCAUCUUCGGUGAUCCCCUUGUUUCGAAUUGCCUCAUCAAGACCCAUUAUGGGUGUUUAUAAGAUUUCUCCAGUUGUGGAGUUCCUAGCUCUGGUAACAUUCAUGGGGAUGCUGGGCUUAAAGAUAGUUUUUGUGGUAGAAAUGAUGUUUGGAAAUAGUGAUUGGGUUGAUAAUUUGAGAUUGAAUGCUGGAAUUAGCUUGUCAGUUCCUUUUAUUGCUCUUCUUGUUACUGCUUGUGCAUCGUUUUCUCUGAUGCUCUGGCUAGUGGCUACUCCUUUGAAAUCUGCAAGUUCUCCAAGUGAAGCUCGUGCAUUAAAUUGGGAUUUGAACAGAACUCUUUCUGAGGCAACUAUACAGAGGGUAGAAAAUGAUUUAUGUGAAACUAGAUAUCACGGAGAGGAAUCUGCUCAUGUACUGGAAAGAUCAUCAACACCAGAAGAAUCUAUUGGGAGUCGUUCAGAUUUAUCUUUUACAAAUUAUGAUCUGAAUUUGCCUGAAACAAUUAUGGAGUCUGACCGGGAAAUACAUUUGACUACUGUUAAUGAGAAGUCUUCUAAUAGUAUUUAUCCUAGUCCCUCAGCUUGUAACACCCAGGAAUCAACAUCCAUAAUCGAGUCAGCUCCCACUUUAGUUAAUGAGGUAGUCGAUGAUGAUAUACCUAGCACCAAGACUCAGAGGAUUGAAUCAAUGAAGACUGUGGAGAAAACAGUGAGUGUAGAGGGAGAUUUGUCGGUUGAAAAAGAUGAUGAUGAUGGAGAUAGUUGGGAACCAGAAGAGCCAUCCAAACCGCCUUCCGGAAGUGUUUCCUCUUUGACAGCAGAUGGCCCUCCUUCAUUUAGGAGCCUCAGCGGGAAAAGCGAUGAUGGUGGGAAUGGAACUGGAAGUCUCUCUAGGCUAGCAGGGUUAGGUCGUGCUGCAAGGCGUCAAUUAGCUGCCAUUCUUGAUGAAUUUUGGGGCCAGUUGUAUGAUUUUCAUGGGCAACCAACCCCAGAAGCUAAGAAAAAGAAAUUAGAUGUAUUAUUAGGGGUUGAUUCAAAACCAUUAAAGGUGGAUACAAGUGGAAAGGAGUAUGGUGAAUAUUUCCCUUUGGUCGGAGCAAGAGGAUCUGAUGCUAUUAAUUCAAGUCUGUAUGAAUCUCCAAAGCAACUUAAGGUGCAAAAUAGUGUUGAUUCGCCGUAUGGGUAUUCAAGAGGAUCUGUCCCCUUGUGGUCUAAUCACAUGCAGUUAUUGGAUGCUUAUGUUCAAAAUUCGAGUCACAAUAUCAAUUCUAGUGAAAGGAGGUACUCUAGUUUGCGUGCUGCCCCAUCUGCUGAUGCGGUGGAGUAUCAACCAGCUACAGUGCAUGGAUAUCAGCUUGCAUCUUAUCUCAAUCGAAUUGCUAAGGAUAAAAGCUCUAAUUGCUUGAAUGGUCAAAUGGAAUCACCGGCAUCAAAAUCUCCUGGCCUGGCCCCUACAAAUUACGGAGACUCCCUAGCUUUUGCAUUAGGGCAAAAACUGCAAAAUGGGAUAACUCCUGCUCAAGCUGCUGGGUUUCAGAAUGCUGCGGUUUCUAGAAAUAGUCCAUUACAAUCUGAAAGGUCUUAUUAUGACAUCAACUCUGGAACUAAUGGUAAUUCUGGCUUAUCAGUCAAUUCAAAGAAGUAUCAUAGUUUACCAGACAUAUCUGGGCUCUCUGUUCCUCUUCGGAAUAUGUACAUGUCUGAGAAGAGUGCUCAGUGGGACAGUUCCGUUGGAUAUGGGUCGGCAAUUGGUCGUACAAAAUUUGAAACAUCCAUGUAUCCACAUACUGGAUCAAGGGCCGGAGUUCCAUUGGCCUUCAAUGAGACUUCUCAAUUAAAGGGUUACAGAGAUCCUUUGUCCCUACAGUUGAGCUCAAGUCCAGAUACAGGAUCCCUUUGGUCCAGACAGCCUUUUGAGCAGUUUGGUGUAGCUGAGAAACAACAAACUGCUGGCAGUGAAGCACUUGGAAGUGGGUUGAACUCAUUAACUCAGGAUACUGCUUCUAGUGUGGAUUUAGAGUCCAAGCUUCUUCAAUCUUUCCGACAUUGUAUAGUAAAGCUCUUGAAAUUAGAUGGGUCUGACUGGUUGUUUCGACAAAAUGAUGGAGCUGAUGAAGAUUUAAUUGAUCGUGUAGCAGCCAGGGAGAAGUUUCUUUAUGAUGCUGAAGCCAGGGAGAUGAACCAGGUUGUUCACAUGGGAGAACCUCAAUACCUGUCUUCGGAAAAGAGAUAUGGUUCUUCACCAAAGAGUGACAGAGCAAGUUUUGCCAGCUUUUCAAUUUCAUCAGUUCCUAAUUGUGGAGAAGGCUGUAUUUGGAAAGCCGAUCUGAUAAUAAGCUUUGGAGUGUGGUGCAUUCACCGAAUUCUUGAUCUUUCGCUGAUGGAAAGCCGACCAGAGCUGUGGGGAAAAUACACUUAUGUGCUUAAUCGUCUCCAGGGUGUGAUAGAUCUUGCCUUUUCGAAGCAUCGAUCCCUGGUGCCCCCAUGCUUCUGCCUUCAAAUCCCCGUGGAAUACCAGCAGAGGUUAAGUCCUCUGGUCUCAAAUGGAUUUUUGCCACCAGCUUCAAAACCUGGCAGGGGUAAGAUUACGACUGCAUCUACACUCCUGGAUAUAAUUAAGGAUGUGGAGAUUGCUAUAUCUUGCCGGAAGGGUCGAACAGGUACUGCCGCUGGUGAUGUGGCUUUUCCAAAGGGAAAAGAGAACUUGGCAUCCGUACUUAAACGCUACAAGCGCCGAUUGUCCACCAAACAAGUCAGCACCCAUGACGGAACAGGAUCACGCAAGGUUCCAACAACUCCAAUGUUGGCUUCUUACAACUCAUAGCUUCCGUUCCACUCUCUCCCAAUUUAUGCUUGUUGAGCUGUUCGAUUUUGAAUGGCAGCUCAUGAUGCAGUAGCUCACUUCUCACAGUACUGUCAAAACCCAAAACCAACCCCCAUUCUUUCUCCCCCAUUCUCUCUCUGUGUGUAUUAACAGUCAUCGUUGCAUAUCUAAUUUCCAUGUAUGUGAUAUAUAUACCUAGGAUAAAAAAGUUGACUGGAUAUGUUGUAAUUACAGGAUUCAGGAAAAGAAAAACAAAGGGGCUUAGAACAAAAGUUGGAAAUUAUCUAUAAUAGCAAACUUUGUGGCUGAAAUUUGGAAUUUGGGUUUUUUCUUUUUCAAGUUUACCUAGAAGAUAAAAUUGACUAAAUUAAGGGACCAUGACAUCGGGCUCAAUUAUUGUGGAGACACUUGGAUGAUUACUAACCUUAAAACUAAAACAUAGCCCGCAACCACAAUUUUUAAUAUCUUCCACUAGUCUCUAAACUUCGCAACUUAAUUCAAUUUCAAAGUAGAUUAUAAUUAUAUUAGCCCUCACCAUUAAAAUCUAGAUGGGUUUUGUUUUAGUGAUAUCAUUUCCAUUGCUCUUGCUGGUCUUGAUCCUAGCCCUUGCGUUUUACCUUCUUGGUAGAGCUCAGGGUCGAAGGGAGAGACCUGCUCAAUACUUUGGGCCACCUGUGCCACCACCAGGUUCAGUUUCAGCUUCAUCUCCACCUACACAAGCGAAACCGUCCGAGGUUUAGAGAGUUGCUCAAAGAUUGGGUUUGUAUAAACACUAGCAAUAUUUUGGGUUUUGGUUUUUGCUUAAUAUUUGAUUCUUUCUGCAAAAUAUUAGCUUCAUAUUAUUUUCUGUGUUAUUCGUAACUUCCAAGUUUUCCAUUGAAUUCUGAAUGGAAAUUAUAUGAACAAGACGAAGCACCCACCUUCACUUUUA